AUGAGCAUGUUCCAAUCUCUUAUCGUCGGCGCUCUCUUGGUUUUGGCCAUUCAAGCUCAAGCUACAAAGCAAUGUCCAGCAAACGAAAAAUUCACAAACUGUGGAACAGCUUGUGAGCCAUCUUGCACCAACCCAAGCCCUGCUUUCUGUACUAAGCAAUGCAUCGUUGACGUUUGUCAAUGCCAAUCUGGAUUCGUUAGAAACCAAAGUGGAAGCUGUGUUCCUGUUUCAGCUUGCCCACGCACUACACGUCCAAGUUACAAUUCAUGUCCUGCCGGUGAGCAGUACAAUGAAUGCGGAGGUUGCGACGGAACCUGUGAAAACCCCAAUGUGGCUUGCAUUACUCUUUGUGGCCCAGGAGCUUGCCGUUGCAAGUCUGGCCUUGUCCGUCACUCUAGUGGCAAAUGCGUCCCUCAAAGCCAAUGCUCAGCAGCUCCAAGCUGCGCAACGACAAUUUGCAAGAAAGACGAAGUUUGCCGACUUGAGCAAGUUGUUUGCGUUCGAGCACCUUGCAAUCCUAUUCCAUUUUGUCACAAAAUUGAAGAAGAUAGUUCACUAUGUGCUGCUGUAUCUUGUCUAAUCGGAAGUCAAUGUGUUGUUCAAUCUAAUCAACCUGUGUGUGUUCCAAAUGUACCCCAAAACGAUACCAGUGCUCUUGAACAUCCUUGUAAAAACCAUACAUGCAAGAUAGGAGAGAAAUGUGUGGAACAGCAAGUUCAAUGCAUCAUGGCUCCUUGCUAUCCAGUUGCUGAAUGUGUUCCAACAAAAUACGACGCCGAUCAAUCUCCUUGCUAUGUAGUUCGCUGCGGAUUCAAUACGGAAUGCAAGGCUAUCAAUGGAUCAGCUCGAUGCAUUCCUCGUGACUCAAAUGCCACGGGCUUCUCAGAAGUCUGUCCAGUCAAUCAGACUUUCGUUCAAUGCUCUUCUCAUUGUCCAGCUACAUGUGAUAAUAAUGGGAUGAUGGCUUGCAUACAAUCAUGUGGCCCUCCAUCAUGCUCAUGUAGUACAGGGUACCUUCUCACAUAUAAUUCCAAUUGUGUUCUCCCAAGAGAUUGCCCUAAUACAAACUCAACCUCAACCACUAACUCAAGUGCAUCAUGUACAGCAACAACAUGCCCGACUGGUUUCGCAUGUGAAGUGGUGAAUGGGCAAACCGCUUGCCAAGAGAUGGUGAGGGUGACAAUUCCAGCAGCCUCGCCUGCUCUGACUUGUGCCUCUGUGAGCUGUGUCACUGGUUUCGAGUGUGGGAUUGUGAAUGGCAUACCUUUCUGCAGACCUUCAAACUCAACUUCCAACUCAACUUCCAACUCAACUUCCAACUCAACUCUUAUCACGACCACUCCCUCUUUGACUUGCGCUACAGUUAAAUGCGCUGGUGGUUCAACUUGCACCAUAGUGAAUGGAGGACCAAGAUGCUUGCCUUCAAACUCAACUACUAACUCUACACUCACUACUACAACUUCAUCUCUAACUUGUGCCACAGUCAAAUGUGCUGGUGGCUCGGUUUGCACGAUAGUGAAUGGAGGACCAAGAUGCAUGCCUUCAAACUCAACUUCCAACUCAACAGUCAUUACGACAACUUCAUCUUUGACUUGUGCUACAGUGAAAUGCGCUGGUGGCUCCGUUUGUCAAAUAAUCAAUGGAGGGCCAAGAUGCAUGCCUUCCACUAGUACUGAAUCACCAUGUAACUUGAUCGAUUGUCGUACAGGAUUCGUCUGCACAAUAGUUGGAAGGCAGCCAACUUGUGUGAGAAGCAAUAACACAAUUCCUUCGGAAUGUGCUUCUAUCUCAUGUAUGACUGGCUUCGAAUGUAAAAUGACUUUGAAUGGAACUGUUGGAUGCGUUUCAACUAAUGGCACAGGUGUUGACCCAAUUUGUGGAAAAAAUGAAUUGUACAAUAUGACAGCAGGAUGUGAAGCAACUUGUGCGGAGCCAUUGAAAGUCUGCCCUAAUUCUACAACUGGAGCUUGUGUCUGUGCUGGUGGUUUUGUGAGAAAAGGAAGAAGAUGUGUUCCUUAUGCAGUUUGUCCCAAUUUCUCUUCCGGAAUCACAGGAAACGCCAAUUGUUCAAACAACGAAGUAUACUCAGAUAAGAAGAAUGCUUGUGAAACAACUUGUCAUGGAAACGAUUUGUGCAAGAGUCAAAACAAUUCCACCAUCAUAGCAGGAUGUGUCUGUCGUAAAUACUACAAAAGAAAUGAAAAUGGAAACUGUGUUCAUCAACGUCUCUGUUACAAAUCAGCCGGAUGCGGUAUGAAUGAGAGCUGGAUUCCAUGUAUUGAAUGCGAAGGCAAAUGCAACAAAAAUGAUACUAGAUGCGGCAAAACUUGUACAUCGGGAUGUGGUUGUGAUCCUGGAUACUCGCGAAAUGCCAAUAUGACCUGUGUACUAGAUAGUGCUUGUUAA